UAUCUACGCGCGCAAUCAAACGCGCUGUUUUGACGUCCUUUCUCUCAGCUCCGGGUUCGUUCUUACUUCUCCCUUCUCUCGAGAUAAAGCCCAUUCGCCGUCCGAGAGUCCAGAUCGUUCUGGAAUGCAUUUUCAUCAUUAACCUCCGCUAUUCUGCCCCGCCUCUACAUCGUCUUCGGUAAAAAACUGCAGUUCUGCGAUUGGGUUGUAUCGAACUCUGACAAGAAAAGAUUUCGCCGGUGGUCUAUUGUGAUUCUCGACGACAUUCACAUCCGUCGUUGCCGGUUCUUGUUUCCAUUGCUUGUAUCGUUUCUCGUUCGAAGAGACGGUAGCUGCAGUUAAUUGAAUAGCAUGGCGGACCAGGCAAAUGAAGGUUCCAGCACCAGCAGUACUGCAGCUUCAAAUAUUGAGCUGAACAUCAAGACUUUAGAUUCACAUAACUACAGCUUUCAAGUGAACAAAGAUAUGCCGGUUCAACUAUUCAAGGAGAAAAUUGCAAGUGAAAUAGGAAUCCCAGUGAAUCAGCAACGUUUGAUAUUCAGAGGAAGGGUCUUAAAGGAUGAACAUGCUCUUUCUGACUAUCAUUUGGAAAAUGGACAUACCUUACAUUUAGUUGAAAGACUACCAACGGUGCAACAUGCAGCAUCCGAUGCUGGCGCAGGCGACAGACCUGCAAAUGUACCUUCAUCAGUCGGUAACGAAGCUGGAGCUAGUGCCCCUCGUAAUCGUGUAGGACAAAUUGCACAUAGUGUGGUUUUAGGAACAUUUAACGUUGGUGAACAAGGUGAAGGCAUUGUUCCUGAUCUUUCUCGGGUUAUUGGGGCAGUUCUGAAUUCUAUUGGACUAAGCAGCCAAAAUACAAACAUCCCAAUUGGUAUGCAGUCUUCAUUGCCAAACAAUCAUGGCGCACCAAGUCAAGGGAAUGAAACAUUUAGAGGUAAUUUUGGGGAUGGCGGACAAGCAACGAGUCAGUCACAAACUGGACAGGCCAGCCAGCAAUCACAAAGUUCUCCUCACGUGAUUCAAAUUCCACUUGCCAGUGCUGCCGUACCAGUGCCUUCUAUUCAUGCACCCAUUCCUCAUUCUUUGACAACACUUUCUGAGUUCAUGAACCGUAUGGAAUAUGCAAUAUCUCAGAAUGUUGGAGAUCUACCCAGGGUGGAACUGCCUGCCAAUCCCCAAGGUUUACCAACCACUGAAUCUUUGAGCAUUAUCUUGCGCCAUGCUCAACGGCUUCUACGUGAUUAUGCCACAGUUUCACUAUCUAGUAUUGCUGGGCGUUUGGAGCAAGAUAGCUCUUCCACUGAUCCCAUUGUGAGAGCUCAAAUUCAGGAAGAGUCGGUAGAAGUAGGACUUCGGACACAACAAUUUGGAGCGCUUCUUCUGGAACUUGGCCGUACAAUGUUGACAUUCCGUGUGGGACAGUCACCUGCUGAGUCGGUUGUUAAUGCUGGCCCAGCAGUUUAUAUCUCUCCUAUGGGGCCAAAUCCCCUAAUGGUUCAGCCUUUUCCCCUUCAAACUAAUCCCGUCCUGGGAGGUGCUUUACUACCAUCAAACCCAGUGGCUGUUGGUGCAGUUGGAAUUGGAGCUCCCCCUAGGCACAUCAACAUUCACAUACAUGCUGUCGGUACCAGGUCCAAUAAUGGGGAGGAGGGAGCACCUGCAGAGCGUCGGAAUGUUGGUGGCUCGACCAAUUCAGGUGGAGCACAGGCACCUCCUGUGAGUAGUGUUACUGAGACUGCUAUUCCAUAUCCGUUGGGCGUUUCGAUUUCUGCUGCUGUGCAACCUGGUGAAGUUGGUAAUGUUGGAGAUGGUAGCAUUACUGAAUCAGGUCAAGUGCAAACGGCAGUUCAAAAUUCUUCUUUUGGUUCUAGAGCAAGGAGUGAACAGCAAAGUGAUAUGAAAAGGGAUGUGGGUGGAGAGUCGAGUGAUCUGCGUAACCCUGAUAUUGGAAGUGACAAGCGAGAUACAGGAAAAGCUAACUCAACAGAUUUACCAACAUGCUCUAGUGGUGGGGGCUCUGAAUUUGUUGGAGGAAAUGAAGAAAAUUUUCAGAGUCAGGCAGCAUAUGAGAAGAGCUCAGGAGCCGGGUCUUCUCAAGCUGUUCCACUUGGACUUGGACUGGGAGGCUUAGAACGACCAAGGCGAGGAAGGCAGCAAAGGUCACAGGUUAAGGAGGGUAACAGUGGAACCAGCUACAGCCAAGGCUCUACGGGCCAGCAGCUUUUACAAUCUCUUGCCUCUAGUGCUUCUAUGAAUAGGUCAAAUGCUCAUGAGCCCUCGACUGCUAGCCCAACUCUGGAUAGCAGAUCCUUGCAUGGGCCAGGUUCUGAUAAUCAAAUUGAUAUUGGAAGCAGUAUGAACCAAGUUUUGCAGAGUCCUGCUUUGAAUGGAUUAUUGACUGGGCUUUCAGAGCAAACUGGCGUUGGUUCUCCUGAUGUAUUGAGGAACAUGUUGCAACAGCUGACGCAGAGCCCUCAGAUGACAAACACAGUCAAUCAAAUUGCUCAGCAGGUUGACCCUCAAGAUCUCGAGCACAUGUUUGCUGGGUCAGGAAGAGGCCAAGGUGGUGGCAUCGAUUUGUCCAGCAUGCUCCAACAGAUGAUGCCUAUUGUCUCUCAAGUGCUUGGGGGAGCAGGGCCAGGGCAACUGUCUUCCUCAAAUAUCGAACGAGAGACAAGGCAACCACUGUUUCCAAAUGCUGAUAUAGAGCCAAGGUCUGGUAGUGGAGUAGAAAUAUCCAACGACCAAAAUUUUCAGAUCGAUUCCCAAGAUCUUGCUCGAAGGAUCACGUCUACCAAUUCUCCGAGGGAUGUCUUCCGAGCUGUAGUUGAGAGUUCAGCUCGGCUUUCUGGCAGUAGUAGCGAAGAUAUUGCAAAUGAGUUGUGCGGUGAUGAGAGACUUGCUAAGGAAUAUGUAGAGAUAUUAUCAAGUGAUGUAAACCGACGGCUACAAGACAAUUCAGAUCAGGAAAAAUAAAAUCUGAGGAGGGAAGUUGGACAUUGGCACUGGUGAAUUUGGACAUUAUUAGAUUUCUCAAGUUAUUUUUCUGGUGGUAUAAGUUAUGUUACAGUCUCUUUUUAUAUGGUGUUUUGGCCUGAAUCGUAGAGCCUAUAGGUUGUAAAAUACUUUUUUUUUUUUUCUCUUUUGUUUUAAGAUUAUUAUGAAAUUCAUAAUUGUUUCAUCGA